AGAGUCAGUGUUGAUAAUCAUCAAGAUUUACGGCACGAUAGAAGUCAUCACAGGGUUCAUCAAGCUGACAUGUCUUGCGAUAAUAAUAUGCGCCUUGAUUGCCAUUAAUAGAGGUGGUGAGUGCGGACCGAUUUGGCUACUGCCUCCAGCCUUUUCUUGCUUUCACGAAAAGAAGAUUAACAUGGCAUUUGAAAGCUGGGCAACAAAAUUCCUCUCCACUCGGGUUCAAAUAAUGGGGAUGUCCAUCUCGACCUUUUCAUAUGUCGGCAUCGAGAUCGUCGCGGCAUCUGCGCUGGAGGCUAAAUGGCCCCACCAGAGCCCAGGGUCAAGAACACCGUCGAAUGUGACACCUCGCCCGAAUGCUACCCUGAUCGGAAACAGUGUGAAAUUUUCUGCAAUCUUCAUAUCAAUCCUUGCCGCAGUUGCCUACACUCUUGCAGGAUUUUUGGUCACUCUAGACAUAUACCGAGGAGAUUGUGAGCUUCCUCGAGUGAGUUGGCUGCCAAAGGAAGUCAAAGACCGUUGUCCUUCACCUGGCAGUAAAGCUGCAUUCGUUGCUAUUGCUUUGAAUUCAGGUAUCCCACAUCUUGCGGACAUUUUCAAUGUUUUCUUAAUUUUCACCUGCCUCACUUGUACCAGCACAAACCUCUACGUCGCCUCGAGGACUUUAUUCGGUCUCACAAGUGGACUGGAGGGCGGCAAAGGACAGCGUUGGUAUUUGCGGAUCCUUGCGUGGUUCGGAAAAACGAACCGUCACAAAGUUCCCAUUCGGUCCGUUCUGUUCUCGGCUAUUGCGUUUUGGUGGGUUCUAUUUCUACAAUUGAUCGGAAAACCCGAGACCCGUAACUCUAUCAAUAUGUUUGUUGAGGUCCUGAGCGAAAUGGCCUCUAUGGCGGUUCUUAUUGUCUGGGCUUGCGAAUGUCUGGCUUUCAUUCGAUAUUAUCACUGCAUCUCGACCCAUCAGACCGUCCUCAGGGAAAAGGGUGUGUUCCAAGUUGAGCGUGAUGAUUAUAACGAAUAUCCAUAUCGCAGUCAUGGGCAGCCGCUCCUGGCUUACAUAGCCUUCUCUGGCUGUCUUUUUAUUCUAGUCGUGGCAGGCGGAGCUGCUUUAUGGAAGGGUUUCCAUCGCCUCCCUUUUCUCGCUCCCUACUUGACUAUAUUUGUCUUCUUCGGACUUUGGAUAUUGCUCAAGAUCGCCCGGAAGGCUCCAUGGGCCUUCGUAGAUCUUUCUGAUGGGCAUAUGGUUGCCAAGAAAUUGCAAAGGCUCCACGAGAUCCGUGGCGCGACACAAACUUAAAUUGAUUGAAGUGUUCCUAGCC